AUUGAAUACAAGUGCACUAUUCUAAACACAAGAAACAAAUUUAAAUAUAACGUUUGCCAUGAUUGAAAAUCUUGAAUGGAAAUCCAUUGAUGGAAUCAACAUGAUAAACCAGAUGGAACAUGUUAAUCGUUUACUGGUUGUAUCGACAUAUACUAAAUUAGUGCUUAUACUUGUUGCAAUACAAACAUCAGUAACAUUGUUUGUUUUAAUGAUUUUGUCAAUACUGUAAUUUACAUAGUCAGUAAUGAUAAUAAUAUUCGUCUUUAUUGUAGUAGGAUGGAAUUUCCAUAUGGCGAGCAAAUGAUACCAUCAGUAUUUUCUGGUUUAUUCCUAUUGAUUGCACUUGCGGUAUUCUUACUGAUUGCCAUCGUGAAGAAGAUAGAUGAGAAUUAUCUACUGAAUCUCGCGCUUGUAAUUGUUUUCUCUGUUUGCAUGGCAACAGCAUUAGGAGUUUUGACCACACAGUUAAAUCCUCAAGUCAAACUUGCAAUCUUUGGAAUCAGUUUGAUGAUAUUCGCAUGCGGAUUACUGUUUGGCGCAGCCAUUAAGACAGAUUUAUUUGAUCACCCAAUGAGUAUUCUAAUAUUUCUUUUGGUUAUAUCCAUUGUAAUUGUGAUAGUGGCGGUUGUGCUUAGUGUUUUCAAUCAAUGCAAGCAUGCAGCAAUAGGUGUUUACAUAGGUGCACAAAUAUCAUUGUUCAUUAUUACGGUAUUUAUAAGUUAUGUAACUGUUGGCAAAUCAAGAUAUCUUCUCUUUUAUCCAAAUUAUUCACUGGCGGCCAUAUUAUUGUAUAUCAUGUUCUUUUCAACUUUAUUAAUCAAUACAAAUAUAAAAAUUAUAUCAACAAGACUGAAAGUUGUAUAUUCCAGUUCCGGUUUCAACAUUGCAUGAAUGGUUGGAUGGAAAUCACAAAGUCUGUUUCUCAUUUGUUUGUUUGUUUGUAUUUUCUUUGCAAAUUUUUUAAGUUGAACUCUGGACCGAUAGGAACCUUUAUGGUUUUGUAGUUAUUGUUAUUUAUGUAUCGAAUCACAUAAAAAUAUGUGUCUGUAAACUGACUA